AUGCAAUUCUCGUUGGUUCGAUUCCUCGUAGCUUUCCUCGUCAGCGUGUCGCUUGUGCUUGCGCUUAAGACAUCGGAAGCGAAGGUCACGCACAAGGUAUAUUUUGACAUCGAGCAUGGCGACAAGUCUGUGGGCCGUGUUGUGAUGGGCCUGUAUGGUGAAGUGGUCCCAAAGACAGUCGAGAACUUUGUGGGUCUCGCUGAGCGUGAGGAAGGCCGUGGAUUCAAGGGCUCGAUUUUCCACCGUGUCAUUAAGGGCUUUAUGAUCCAGGGCGGCGACUACACUCGUGGUGAUGGUCGUGGUGGCAUGUCGAUCUGGGGCAAGCGCUUCGAUGAUGAGAACUUCAAGUUGAAGCACGAGGGUGCUGGUAUCCUGUCCAUGGCGAACGCUGGUUCCGACACAAAUGGAUCACAGUUCUUUAUUACUGUUGCCAAGACCCCGUGGCUCGAUGGCCGUCAUGUCGUGUUCGGUCGUGUCCUGGAGGGCAUGGACGUGGUCAACUAUGUCGAAAAUGUCCGCACUGGUCCUGGCGACCGCCCUGUGGACGAGGUGCGCAUCUUUGAUGCUGGUCUUCUGCCCGAUGGCCCGCACGAUGAGCUUUAG